AAAAGACUGUGAUUAAUUCUCUCAACAUAUAUUUGUUAAAAACAAAAUUGUGUGAUUCAAUCAAACACGCUGGUUCCAAUCAUAAUUUUGUACGCAUUUUAUAAUGUUUUCGUUUUAAUGAAUCACUUGUAUACAUAUUGAAAAGAUUACAAUUUUUUUUCACUUGAUCAUUCAAAAUUUCAUUAUAGUUUCAUUGACAAAAAUGAAAGAAUAUGAAAUGGCCGUAAUAAAAAGUGCAAUGCCUGAAGCUUUGGAAGAGUUUGCCGCUCAAGUAGCAUCCGAAGCAAUUGUCAUGGAUACCGAUAUGAGUGGUAUUGCUCAUUUUAUCAAAAGAAAUUUCGAUAGGAAAUACAAAACUACAUGGCAAUGUGUGGUUGGCAAGAAUUUUUGUGGGUCUUUCACUCAUGAACCAGAUGAUUUUAUUCACUUUAAGCUAGAAGAUCUGACAUUUUUGGUCUUUCGAACAACUAAAUCAAAACAAUGAGUAUUUCAAUCCAAGCCCGGUGCUACUAAAUGAGCCGUUUCAAUUCCUGAUACUGAUUUCAGACAUUUGUAAUUUCUGAUAUGCUAUUACUUUAAAAAAAUUAUGACUAUUGUGCAAAAUAAUUCUUGAAAAUUUUUUUUAAAAUAAAAAUUAACCGAACUAUGAAUAGUUUUCCCAUGGAUUUCUCUAUUAAAACGUUACUUUAUUUUGAGUGUUUAGAUCGAAAAUUUGUCAUAGACUUAUCUAGGUUAAUAUAAAAUUGUCACUAC